CGGUAGCGUCGGUAGUUGUCGACGGUUCUCGCGAUACCUCGUUUCUGUGCCAGCCUUUCUCCUUUUGAUGAGUUCUGUUCAAAUUGCAUUUAUACAUUGGCAACGGAGCGCACGCGAUUCCCGACGUAUUCGAUCGUACAUUAUUGUGUCUCAUCAACGAUUUAUCGAGUUUAAGAAAAAUAGAAUUUAACAACAUUUUAUUUAAUGAGAAAAUUCGAGGUCUUGGUGUACGUAGACUGACAAGAAUUUAAAUCGUAUUUAAGGGAAAGUGAAGACGUCGGAUCAACAUCGAUUAGUUAUAAGAAGUUACAAGUGAUUCGCGAUUCCGGAAGAUUACGAAGGCAGACGUUAACGGUUUUUCGAAAUGAGAACAGUUUUUUGAAAUAAAAAACGCGUCAAGGUGAGCGAAGAGGAUACCGGAAAUUGAAAAUUGAUAAUUCAGUGGCUUUAAAAAAAGAAAUGACUCUGGAAAACAAUUCAUUUCUCAUUUCAACGAUGCAAAUAAUAUAUUUGAAACACUCGUCAAAAUGACCAGUUCAACGUAACAUAGUGACACAUCGCCUGAUUUGCUCGUCUUAAAAAUAAACCCACUCCCUUAUUUACUUGACGAUUCAGAGAGACUUCAAAGAUAUUCGUUAGUACUAAUCAUGUGUGUCACGCCUAUCGGGCAACAUUUCUGACUUGGCAUCCGCCUUGUGCUUUAAGAAUCACAAUCUUGGCUCCAACAACGAAACGAAGACUCAUUGUCAAACUAAAACGAAGAUCGAUAUGAAAUUAUGGAUUGUCGACAAGACCCGCCUCUUCAUGGUCCUCUCGAUGUUCACAUUCACGCUGUACAUCCUGUCAUUCUACUUCAACUUUACGAUCUACGAUCUCCUGCGUUUUAAGCGGAUCACGGUGGAAUAUUCGAGAUUGACUAACACGACGAAGAAGAUACUGUUUUGGAACACUAUGUUCGGUGACAAAACGUUUUACAUGGGUGACGGUGACGUGUUUCUCGAGUGUCCUGUGAACAAUUGUUACGCGACCUAUGACAGAGACUACGUGGACCUAGUGGAAUUCGAUGCGGUACUUUUUCAUGCUAACGAACUCGAGAUCUCUGAUCUGCCGGAGAGAAGGAGUCCAUGGCAGUGGUACGUUUUCGUAAAUCUGGAGAGUCCAACCAACAGGCCGUUGAUCAAUAAUUUUUAUGAAGAUUAUUUUAAUCUAACGAUGACCUACAGAUUAGAUAGUGAUAUUACAUGGAACUACGGAAUUGUCAGAGACGCUAAUAAUGAACGCAUUGUCGCUCCUAGUAAAAAUCCUGUAUGGAAUGCGUUUAACAAUCAAUUAGGUGAGCACGAGAAAGUCGAAGAGUCGAAGAACAUUCGAAGGAAGACGAAACCGAUCGUUUGGUUCGUGAGCAACUGUAUGGCGGAAAGCGGUCGCGAGAAAUACGUGAACGAGCUCGCGAAAUACAUGCAAGUGGACGUUUACGGUAAAUGUGGCAGGAUGUCCUGUCCCUUUAGCAAAGACUGCUUUGCAGAGGUCACGGAACCCAACUACUUUUUCUACCUGUCCUUCGAGAACUCGCUGUGCAACGAUUACGUAACCGAGAAGCUGUACAACGCGCUCAGGUACGACGUGGUCCCCAUCGUUUACAGUGGCGCCAAUUACAGCCUGUUUGCGCCGCCGCGAUCAUACAUAAACGUGCUGGAUUUCGAUAGUCCAAGAGAUCUGGCAAAGUACCUGAAGAAAUUAAUUGAGAAUCCGAAAGAAUACAAUGAGUUCUUUGCUUGGAAGAGGUAUUACAAAAUUGAUUCUGGCACCCAGCAGGCUGCUUGCGAUCUUUGCAAAUUGCUCCACGAGCGCAAAGAACCGCAAAUGUAUAAUAGAAUGACCGAAUGGUACAGUGAAUCAAAAUGUCCAUUGCAAAAAUUUUUAAAUUACCAAGGUUACAUUACAGGAUCUAUUAUUAAACGCAAAGACUGACCUACCAAAUCAUUUCUACUUCAUCUGCAACUGAGAAUGCGGAAAUUGAUGGAAGAUACACUUUCGCGUGCGAAAGUGGAGUCUCGAAAGAUGCGGGACAUCGGCUUUCGAUGAAACAGAAAGAAAUCUGGAACGAUGAACGAGAUACCAAAGUUACUUCGCCUAAAGAAUCCGCUUUUGGUACUGUAAAUAAAUUGAUCUGUGUAGAAUGAAUACUGAUCCGCUCUGGUUUUAAUAAAAAUUGCGUAUUCAUAUCUCCAUUGUUGGAAAAUCAAUCGCUGAAAAGGGCUUCGAAUUUCGAUUGAACGAGAACGGGAAACAUUCGCGGCGGCGACGCGAUGCGAUGCAACGUACUGUCCCAAUGUACCUACGUAUGCGUGUAAUGUACAUGUAUACAUAAUUAAACCGUUUCAUCCAUGAUUUAAAAGAACCAAUCAGGAAUUCAUUCAGCCGUCAUACUUUUCAUGAAAUAUUUACCGAACGAAUCGAUUCUAUUUCGCUUCGAAGCUCAAUGAAGGCUGAUCAUUUUCAUAAUUCUACCGCCGAUUUCCCCUCCGCUUUUGGGACAUAUUGAAAUAAUAAUAAAACCAUUCAAGGCUCCACCAAAGAGCUUCAUGGAAAUCGUCAAUGUAAAGAAAUUUUGUUCAUCAUUGCGGUGAUUAACUGUACACGUGAAUACUAUAAUUAAUGCGGAAUACGACAAUUAAUGAAAAAUCCUUUGCGAGUGAAGCUUCGGCAAUUUUAUGAAAAGUUUCAGAAAUAUGACAACUAGUAGUAAACAAAGUUAUUCAUGAUGGAUAAGAUUUCACCGUUUCCUAAUUUCUCCUUGAAAGGAACGUUCCGCUAGUCUAGUCGGUCGAACUAUUUGAAAAGGUUUAACGCGGUAAUCUGUUCAAACAGAUGAACAACGGAAGUAUCCAUUUAAACGGCGCAAAAGUCUUUGAACAGUUGCACGAAUUCUAAUUGACAGUUCUUCGUAAAUAAACACGGUUGGUUGAUUAAUUAGGAGAUGGCUGCUUAUUAGAUCCAUUUGAAUACCAGACAAGGUGUUGCCAUGUUUCACAUAACCAUGAAUAGUUCUUUGAAUUCGUGGUCGUUAUAUAAUUGCGGACGAUUUCAACGAAUCUGAAGAAUACCCGAAUAAAUGUUGCUAUUGUAUAAUGAGAAUCUUGCUAAAUGAAAUCAUUUUAAAGAAUUGCAGCACAUCCGUUCGUUCUUACUCAAGAGUAUUUAAAAAAAAAAAGUAUAAAGUGUGAUGUGUAACUCUUAUUCGUAAUCUCUGGAACUUGUACCCAAGUUCUUUUCUCGAUUCCAUUCAGUUGAUAUGAUUCAUACUACCGACAAUAGGAAACAUGGCGUGUUACUCGAUGAGGUCAGAAUUGAAAAACAGACUAAUAAUAUCGACGAUUUGUAUCGACGGCACGUAACUACUGUUUUUUAGAGGAAGUAUCAUUAUUCAGGUUUACACAUUAUAUAUUCUAUUUUACAACACACUCUUAAAACAGGACAUUAUAAGAAACUUUAAAAACAAUUUAGUAUACGGUUUAAAUACGCGUUGAUAAAUGUAAAUUGUUACAUCUAUUCGCAAUUUCACGCAGAAGAAAGCUUUCCUAUAAAAUCACGUAACAACUUCCAGUUCGAUAGAAUUUGAAUAGCGCGAAGCAGAUGUUAUCUCGCAUUCAUUAAUAACGAGGAGUACGCACCUGUAUUGAAAGGAAUCAAUUAACGAAAAUACAAUGCAGAGACAUGAAAUGAUAAUAGAGAGAAGUAUAUACAUAUGUAUAAUCGACAAGCACCGGGCGUAAAACGAAUCGAUGUGACGUAAUCAGCUUCCAUUUAUUCUUUCCAAACGAUUAAUUAUCGUUGUGUCGAUUAAAUGAAAAAAAAAAAAAA